CUUUUUCUUUACAUUCAUUACAUUCUUUUCUAUCCCCCUUGAAACAAUAAUCAUGGUUCUUCCUAAACCUGAUUUGUCUCAAGUCAAAAAGUUAAUUCCUCCUUUAUCUGGUCAUUUCCAUAAGGGACAAGCAGGAAGAAUUGGUAUUAUUGGUGGUUCUGAAGAAUAUACUGGUGCACCUUAUUUUAGCGGAAUCUCCUCCAUGAAACUGGGCGCCGAUCUUUGUAAUAUCUUUUGUGAACCUAGUGCUGCCAUUCCUAUCAAGUCUUACUCUCCAGAUCUUAUCGUGCAUCCUUCUAUGCGAACAUCAAAGAACAAUGAUUCUGCUAGUUCGAUGGUAAAUGAAAUCACCAAUGUAUUUUCUAGACUCCAUGUCUUAGUAGUUGGUCCUGGUUUAUCGCGUGAUGAUACUAUGCAAGAUAUGGCUAAACAAUUAGUACAACAUGCAAGGAAACAGAAUAUGGCACUUGUAGUGGAUGCUGAUGGAUUAUACUUGGUUCAAAAACAUCCUGAUAUUGUGAAGGGAUAUCAAAAAGCAGUCUUGACUCCAAAUGUGGUGGAAUUCAGUCGAUUAUGCAAAGCUAUGGGAAUUGAUACAGGGGGAAAAGAGGAUGGACAUCUGGCACAACAAUUGAGUCAAGCUUUAGGUGGAGUGACGAUUGUUCAAAAAGGUGAAAAUGAUAUUAUUGCCAACGAUAAAAAAGUAUUUGUUUGUGAUGCAGAAGGUGGAUUGAAAAGAAUGGGUGGACAAGGUGAUAUUUUAUCAGGUACUAUUGCUACCUUCUUGGCAUGGGGUAAAGGGUAUGAAGAAGGUGUAUGGAAACAUGACAAUUCUAUUCCAUCUGCCGAUAUUCCUCUCUAUGCAGCUUGGAGUGCAUGUACCAUCGUACGUGAAUCAUCCAGAUUGGCUUUCAAGAAAUAUGGACGUGCCGUACUUACUUCACAUAUGUUGGAAGAAAUUGGACAUAGUUAUGAUACAUUUAUUCAUCAAUAGACAUUAGUUUUUAAUUAAUUGAACUUUAUAUAUACUUGAAAUAAAAAUAUAUGGUUUACAACUUUA